CAACAGAACCAGGUUUGGCUUUUGCAGGAAACAGCUGAGAACUAGAGCAGGAUUCUUGGCGCAGGUGGAUUAACACAGUGGUGCUGCGACAGAGUGGUAACGAACAGGUGAGAAUGUAAAUGCAGCACCUGGAGAGAGUCUCUAACUGCAGGUAGUUUGUAGAAGCAGAAUGUAGAUGAAGCUGUAACCAAACUGGAUGGCUGGUGCCUGUAGUUCCACGGAAGAGCUGACACAGGGAAGUCUCAGGAGACUGGAGCCAGGAACCGCUGUGCACUGAAUGCGACGCGUUGUUCAAAGCAAUGAUACUCAUCCGGAGUUCUGACUACAUACGCCCUGGUCAGCAGCCAUUGGAUAAAUGAGUCAUGUGUGCAGACACUGCGCAGGAUUGAAUGAUACCGGAGGUGGAUUUCAGGGGUGCAAAGAGGUAAAGGGUUCUGUGCACCGCGGACAGAAUGCAGAUGCAGCAUCAGGCUGGGACCGCGACCUCCGGAGGCCCGUGCACCAGCGCGCUGACAGAACUUCAUGAGCUUGAGAUGGAACUGAAGUCUGUUCUAUUGGAAGCAAAAGAAGUUGACAAAAAGAUUUGCCAAGCCGAAGGUGCAAUAGAAAAUACAACACAUCAGUGUGAAAUCUUGGAGAACCAAAACUACUCAAUUCAUGCAGAGAACAUCAGACUUAAACUAGACUUGGAAACUCAGAAAGAAGAUUUUGAAUCUAUUGUGUCAAGAAAUAAUGAAUACAGAAAGAGAAUUGCAGAAAAUAGCAAUCGGUUUUCAGUGGCGGAAAAUAAAUUACCAUUCAUGAUUGAGCUUAUUAAAAAAAGAGACACAAUCAAACUUCUAAAGAGGCAGAAAGAGGAAAUGAUCCUUGACAUUCAUAAUCCAGGAAGUGCUGCAGUAAUGCAAGUGCAGGAGGAAAUCCUUAAUAUAAGUGAGCAAGUCAAAGCAAUAGGACAAACUAUAAGUACAAAAAAGAAGAUAUACGAAGAGGAGAAAGACAAACAUGCUGUGCUCAAGAAAGAAAUAGAGGUACAGAAGAAGAGGUAUGAGGCAAUACUGAAACGUUUGCAUUCUCAACUGAACAAGACACAGCUGAACAGAAGGCAGUGUCAGUGGAACAUAGAGCAGAUGGAAAAAACAGCAUCCAGUCUAAGAGAGGGUCUGGGUAUGAUGCAGUGACAUUUCCAUGCUAGCAAUGUAUGUGUUGGGUAUCUCCAUCAUAUUGUCUCACUACUGUUCAUGUUUUUCUCAAGAGUAAAUGAAAAAUUUCUCCUGCCCGGAAUACUGUUAUUGUUGCCGUUUGUUAAAUGGUUAGUUUCUGAAGAAUUUGGCCAAUGGGAAACCUUUUGCACCAUGGACUGUGUACAGCACCCUGUGUUUUUCUGGCCUUUUUCUGGAAAUAAAAUGUACAAUCUACUGCACCUGUUCCUUGCUUUGGAGUACAUACAGUAGUUGUCUAGAGGAAGGAACAUACUGCUGCUAUUUUGAUACUAAGGCAGAGCAUAUUUGUUAACCAUCCAUACUAAAAAGUAUUGGAUAAUGUUUGAAGUGAAUUAAAGUAACUCAAUUUCCAAA